AUGGGCGUUCUCAACGAAAUUCUCCAAAGCCCCUAUGUGGUACAGGGCGUCUGUGUCGCCCUUCUGGUGGUGUUCAUCACUAGCAUAUGGGGUGAUCUAGCAGACGAGAUCCCCUUUCGUCGGGUACCACUGGUUGGGAAAAGCUGGUGGGAAUUAACAAAUAAGAAAGCCAGGUCGCGCUUCACUCAGUCCGCGCGUGCUUUAAUCACCGAGGGCUUCGCGAAGGGUUCCAAUAUAUUUCAAAUCAUAGGAGACACCCAACCCAUCAUUCUUGUGCAUCCGAAGUAUAUGGAUGAGAUCAAGAGUCACCCAGACUUGAGCUUCGAAAAAGCAGUGAAGAAAACAUUUUUUAGUAACCGUAUCGCUGGCUUUGAGCCAUUUCACAAUCCAGGAUCCUUUAACAUCACUGCCGGUGUCGCGCGCACUCAGUUGACACAAGCACUCGGAUCUCUUUCAAUCCCAUUGUCAAAGGAGACAGGCGCUACAGUGAAAGAGGCAUUCCCUCCAUCAAAUGAGUGGAAGCCAUAUAACUUUUUCCACAAGACUCCAUACAUGGUAGCCCGAAUCUCAUCUUUGAUUUUUCUAGGCGAAGAAAUCAGCCACAACAACGAAUGGGUGGAUGUAUCAGUCAACUAUGUGAUUGAUGCCUUUGAGGCUAUGCGCGAGCUGCGUGAUUGGCCCUCAGUCCUCCGCCCAGUUGUCCACUGGUUUAUGCCCACAGCACAAAAGCUGCGGAAGCACAUGGAAAGCGCUCGAUUAAUUAUCGCUCAUGAACUCGAACGACGGGAUUUAAUUUGCGCCGGCAAGCUUCCUGAAGAUGACCCGCCUCGCCUCCGCGAUGCCUUGGACUGGUUCAAGGAGACGGCCGAAGCGAGCAACUUUACCAAUUUUGACAUUUCCCGGGCUCAAGUCGGAUUGUCGCUGGCGGCUAUCCAUACCACGUCGAACUUGCUUACCAAUAUUAUGUACGAUCUCGCAGCGUACCCGGAGUACAUUCAGCCGUUGCGCGAUGAGAUCUGUGCUGUUGCGGCCGAGGAUGGAGUUUUGAAGAAGACGAGCUUGCUCAAGUUGAAAAAGAUGGAUAGUGUGAUGAAGGAGUCACAGCGGAUGCACCCAUUAAGUCUGACUGGCUUGAACCGCUACGCGACCCGGCAAAUUACCCUCUCCGAUGGUACUACAAUCCCCAAAGGCGCCACGAUCGCCGUGUCGGCUCAUACCAUGAUGGAGAAUGGCAUUAUCUAUGAAAAUGCCAGCACUUACGAUGGAUUGCGCUUUUAUAAUAUGCGCCAGGAACCAGGCAGUGAACACCGGCACCAGCUUGUUACGACAACACCUGAGCACUUUGCCUUUGGUCUUGGCAAGCACGCCUGCCCUGGUCGAUUCUUUGCUGCGAACGAAUCGAAAAUUCUGCUGUUGCAUUUAAUCAUGAAGUAUGAUUGGAAGCUGCAGUCGGAGGGUCGACCUAAGAACUAUGAAAACGGGUUUGAGUUGAUCACCGAUCCGACAGUGGAGAUGCUGUUCCGCUCGCGCGAACCAGAGAUCGACCUGUGUUUCUUGGGCGAGUAG